UUUUCCCUUUUUCCAAUGUCUGGCCAAGUCUUUAAAUUGAAUGAUGGAAGAGAAAUUCCUGCAAUAGGUCUUGGAAGUUGGAAAUCCAAGCCUUCAGAAGUAUACGAUGCCGUCAUAACCGCUAUCAAAGCUGGCUACAGACACAUUGAUACGGCUUUUGUUUACGGUAAUGAAAAGGAGGUCGGUCAAGCUAUUAAAGAUAGUGGUAUACCGCGUAAUGAACUUUUUAUUACAACUAAAUUAUGGAAUACGUGCCAUAGACCCGAACUUGUCAAGCCAGCUUUGGAGGUUUCACUUGCCAAUCUCCAGUUAGACUAUCUCGAUCUCUAUCUCAUGCAUUGGCCUGUUUCUUUCCAACCAUCUGACGUUAAGCAGCCAAGAGACGCUGAUGGUCGUAUAUUAUUGGACGAUACCGAUUUUACCGUAACAUACGCUGCGAUGGAAGAAUUAGUCGGUGAAAAAGUUCGCACUAUCGGUGUCAGUAAUUUCAGUAUCGAAAAUUUUGAAAAACUUUCCAAAACUCAAAAGAUCCCCCCAGCUGUCAAUCAAAUCGAAAUCCAUCCAUUUUUACCCCAAUUCGAGUUAGUCAAAUAUUGUCAAGACCAUAAUAUUUUGGUAACUGCUUAUUCUCCCCUCGGUAGUAGCGAUUCCCCUUUGAUGAAGGAUGCCACAAUUAUUGAGAUCGCCAAAAAAAACAAUGCGACACCUGCACAGAUUUUGAUAUCGUGGGGAAUCAAACGAGGAUAUUCUGUAGUUCCUAAAUCAGUCACACCAUCCCGUAUCAUCUCCAACUUCCAUAAUGUAAAGCUUGAUGACGAUGAUUUUAGUGCGGUUAACAAAUUGAUAGAAGGAAAAGAACAACACAGACUGGGUGAUCCGUAUUAUUCAUGGGAUGUCGAUGUUUUUGGAUUACAUCAAUAAAUAACUUUUUGUCCCAACAAAAUUAUAAGGCUGGCAAUUUUAAAUUUAGGUUAUGUCUUUUGAGAUCAGAAUAUAGUUUUGUAAAGAAGGUACAAUGCGUAAAAUGUGGCCCAAUUUAUCAAUUUUACGAUCGAAUUAAGUAAGGGCUCUUUGAUUACAAGCCUUAAUAAUCCUUGAUAUUUAAAGUUUAUUAUAAAUACCAGGUAGCUUACUAAAGAUGUACUGUCGAUACAGAC